AUGAGAUCUCCCGUGAACGUCCGGGGCACCGUCGACUCGAUGGAAGUCUUGCUGCAGGAAGAUAGCGAUUCGACGUUGGAAAUCAACCGAACUGUUGGUUUUUCUUCAUUAUUUUUUUUUAAAGAAAAAUGUCACAAAUUUCUAACGUUUCAGGCUUCCCGGGCGACGAUAGUUCCAUCGAUGGUGCUGUCUUGGCACGAUAUAACUGUAACCGUGAGUCGAAUUUUCAUGCUUUUUAUCGCGGUGAAAAAUUUUUGUUCUGGUUAUGAAAGGCGCAUAGAAUGAAUUAUGAUAUCAAGGCGUACAUUUCAGAGUUGUUUUAGGGCUUCUGUUGAAAACGAUGGUUUCCGAAAUUAUUACGGAAUUUAAAAUAAAACGUCUCAACGUUCUUGACUUCUGAAUUUUGUUUUUUAAUGCUCAUAAUAACUCACAGUGUCAGGAUUGAUCGACCAGUCCAUUAAGACAAAAAUAAUAGUUUCCACUGCUUGAUAAUGUCACGUAAAUGAUUUUUUUUUUUUCAAAUCGCUGCAGGAUGAGGACACGAAAAACUACCGAAACCCAGUUUCUGAGAUUAGAAAUCUCAAACUAUUGUUUCAAACCGUACGCUUAUCCAGUACAGAAAUGUAAUGAAGGAAAUGCUCCAAGGCGGAAUCAAAGGGAUAAACAUCAAAAAAGAUUUAAAAAAAAAACACUUGCUGAGGUUUCCCCAUAUAGCCAGUUACGGUAAAUUUUUUUCCGAAGUUCCUUCAUUUCAAAAUUAUCAAACUCAAACUCGUCUACCAUGCGUCUUUGAAUACCAUCGCACUGACUAAAAACAUUUUCAGGAAAUGAAUAGCGGGAAGAGCUCGAAAAUCUUCUCUUGCUGCACUGAAAAUGAAGAUGUCGAGAAAAAAAGAGGAAAUCAUAAGAGAAGAAUUUUGGAUGAAGGUUUGUUUGUACUGAAUGUUUUUUUUACUUGUUUCCAACUGUUUUUUGAAGUUUUCAGGUUAUUUUCGGAAAAGUACAGAAAAUAACCAUUUUCAGCCUUCGGAGUGGCGCAACCGGGGGAAGUCGUCGCGAUUUUGGGUCCCAGUGGUUCGGGGAAAACGACACUUUUGAACGUGAUCACUAAAAGGAACACUGGACAGUUGGACGUUCAAGGAAGCGUCAAGGUUUGUCAUUGGAGGAAAAAAGUUUCGAAUUGAAAAAGUUAGAUUUGCAAAAGGCUAAGAAAGUGAACAAUGGCAUGUAGUGAAGAAUUUUCAAUCUAAAUCACUAAAGAGGCGUAUUUUCAGUGGUUAUUUUCAAGAAAUGAAGUUAAGUUUAUUAUGUAAAUAUGAACCAAUACAGAACUUUCUUUUUAAUGAAGAGAAUUACUGACAAAAAGUCUUUCAAUUUCACUUUGAAUUUUAUUGAUUCAGCAAAAAAAUCUUGUUCAUCCAUACAAUUGA